ACUCUUUGGAGCUCCAGGUUAGGGGCCCAUAAAAGAGCCAUCCAUUGGCAGUUGGCUCUUCACUGAAUCGGCCAGCUCCGUUCCAGCACCACUUUGAAAAAUGAAAUUUCUCGCCUGCUUCGUCCUGACUGUCGUCUGCUUCGUCGUUAUCGCGGAGUCGGCAGAAUUGCAGACUGCUGAAGCAGUUGCACUUAAACCGGCGACUGUAGGAGCAACAGGAUCGGCUAAGGGCCAAUUUGGACGUCUCAUCGGAUCGGCCUUGGGAGGAGGCUACGGCUGGGGCAGACCUUACGGUCACGGAGGCUACGGAGGCGUCGGCCGACCUUCCGGCUAUGGUGGAUAUGGUGGUGGAUAUGGAGGUGGAUAUGGACAUGGGCAUCGUCCAUACCACGGACACGGCUAUGGAUACGGAAGAUAAAUCGUUUGACCGCUCAACUGUCGAUGUCGAGCUGUCGUAAAAACUACGGUGGAUAUGGGUAUGGUGGACAUCGCCAUCAUCAGUUUCUUUCUCUAUGAUUUUGAUGGUACUACUUGUAUAAAAUAUAUAAUCAAUGAAUUGUAGCAGAGAUAUGGAGGCUAUUCUUAUAACAGCAAAAACAUAUUAUGUCUUGAAAUGAAAUGUCGGAAAUGGAAUGACACCGGAUACAUUUGCUAUCAGCAUAUUCGUCUGCUUACUAAUACACAAACCGUAUUUUUCUCGUUCUGACUGAAAA